AUGGACGUGGACAUGGACAUGGACGUGGACGUGGACGUGGACGUGGACGUGGACGUGGACGUGGACAGGAACGUGGACGUGGACGUGGACGUGGACGUGGACGUGGACGUGGACAUGGACGUGGACGUGACUGGACGUGGACGUGGACGUGGACGUGGGGACGUGGACGUGGACAUGGACGUGGACGUGGACGUGGACGUGGACAUGGACGUGGACGUGGACGUGGACGUGGACGUGGACGUGGACGUGGACGUGGACGUGGACGUGGACGUGGACAUGAACGUGGACGUGGACGUGGACGUGGACAUGAACGUGGACGUGGACGUGGACGUGGACGUGGACGUGGACGUGGACGUGGACGUGGACGUGGACGUGGACAUGGACGUGGACGUGGACGUGGACGUGGACGUGGACGUGGACGUGGACGUGGACGACGUGGACGUGGACAUGGACGUGGACGUGGACAUGGACGUGGACGUGGACGUGGACGUCGACGUGGACAUGGACGUGGACGUGGACGUGGACGUGGACGUGGACGUGGACAUGGACGUGGACGUGGACGACGUGGACGUGGACAUGGACGUGGACGUGGACGUGGACGUGGACAUGGACGUGGACGUGGACGUGGACAUGGACGUGGACGUGGACGUGGACAGUGGACGUGGACAUGGACGUGGACAUGGACGUGGACGUGGACGUGGACGUGGACAUGGACGUGGACGUGGACGUGGACGUGGACGUGGACGUGGACGGGACAUGGACGUGGACAUGGACGUGGACGUGGACGUGGACAUGGACGUGGACGUGGACGUGGACAUGGACGUGGACAUGGACGUGGACGUGGACGUGGACGUGGACGGGGGUGGACGUGGACGUGGACGUGGACGUGGACGUGGACGUGGACGUGGACGUGGACGUGGACGUGGACGUGGACGUGGACGUGGACGUGGACAUGGACGUGGACGUGGACGUGGAAUGGACGUGGACGUGGACGUGGACAUGGACAUGGACGUGGACGUGGACGUGGACGUGGACGUGGACAUGGACGUGGACGUGGACGUGGACGUGGACGUGGACGUGGACGUGGACAUGGACGUGGACGUGGACGUGGACGUGGACAUGGACGUGGACGUGGACAUGGACAUGGACGUGGACGUGGACGUGGACGUGGACGUGGACAUGGACGUGGACAUGGACGUGGACGUGGACGUGGACGUGGACGUGGACGUGAACAUGGACGUGGACGUGGACGUGGACGUGGACAUGGACGUGGACGUGGACGUGGACGUGGACGUGGACGUGGACAUGGACGUGGACGUGGACAUGGGGUGA